AUAGUUGUGGAGGUGUCUCGAUACUGUUGGCGCGCUUGUACAUCUUUCGCUAUUAUCUGUGGAUAUUCGAUGUAUUCGCGGUGGUAGGGGGAUGCAAAAUUCGCGAGAAGGAGACAGGAUGGGAGUUGUUGGGAGUAAAGCCGAGUAGAGGAGAUGAAGGAAUGGAAUGGAUAGAAAGGCUCGGCAAGUGCGCGCGCCUGCGAAAAUCAAAAUCAAUGUAGUCGGCUCGCGCGGUUCGCUCGGAUUGCCCACGCCCUAGUCCACCGCGGUCCUCCACAACAUUCGGGCUACAUCAUCAGUUGCGAUAAGUACGCUAGGGGGUAACCAAUCUGGAUGACAGCCAAUGUGUGCCAGUGUGAUCGUGCUAAUCGCGCCGAUCGAAUCCAUUCAAACGCUGCUCCGUAACUCGCACUGUAUAUUAUUAUUAUAAGACAAGUUCAAUUUAUUGUACGAGUUACGGAUAAUUAUCUUGGGCAAUGAGUAGUCGUGAUGUAAUAAAUCCCGAGUGCACGAGACGAGACGAAUUAUUGGCAAGCUGGUGCUAAAUAAUACACAGGCCUCCCAUUGUACCUCGUAGUGAGCGUGGAUGUGGGAGUAGAUGUGUGUUGUCUAUGUUGUUGGUCUGUACACAAGUGGUGGUGGUGCGUAGCCAGCCCCCGAGUCGAAAGAGAUUAACCCAGCAUCGUAUCGCGGAACGGUCAGCCGCGACCUCGUGACGACCCCACCGUAUAGAUAGACACACAACAACCAGUCUCAGCACGACCCCGUAGUGGCAGCAGCGUCGUAGGGAGUAAGAGGUGAACCCUGUGAGAGCAUCCAGGAGAGAAACCGCACCCUCGUGAGCAGCUUCAGGGACAGUCGGUGGACAGUGGGAGUAAGACCGCGAGCUGACACAGAUAAACCUGUGUAACAACAUUCGACAGCACAUUGUCACACUUAAAUCCCGUUCACGCAAUGGGACACCCGACAAAGACUCGGAUUUCCCUGUCCCGAACCACGAGGGACAGAUCCAGUGACUUUGCCGCCUCGGAAAAAUAAUUUAUCACGAGCUGUCUUCUCAACCAACAAAGAUGUAUGUGCAAGAAACGAUGGACAAGACUUAUCACCCACCGGCUCUCACUCAGCACUCGCUCGGUUCGAGAGAACUCACGCUCUUUAGCCGGAGAUCAAACUUAGAUACCCGCUGAAUCUGUUCCGUGGAUUUACCUCCAGUGAUUGAGUGGUGAUAAUAUUAUUAUUAUAUUUUAAUUAUCGCUUUAAAUACUAGUAUUAUUAUAUAAUGGAUAUGUACAAAAGUUAAUCUCUUUAUCUGUGCGUGCAUACCCCAAUUGUCCUGCGCUUCUGUGUGCACUCCCUCUGUCGAUGAGAUAAUCCCUGGACGGUCGACGUGUCCGAUGUAUAAAUAUUUUUUAAUUUCGUGGUAUUGUCAGCGACUUGAUAACAGUAACAACAACAACAACAACAACCAGAACAUUGACAAUAAUAAAAGUAUAUAUAAGUGCAAUGGGGUUGUGCCGCAGACGAUAUCGACGAAGAUCCAGACACCGUAGAGGCCACAUUAAUCAGACAACAAACUCCGAAGAAUCACCUUACCUCUACCUUUUAGUUCGAAAUAACAGGCAGUAUGCGAUGCGCGGUUAACGGAGGUACGGACGCGUUGUCGCACCAACGCAACAUGUAUUACCAUACUGUAUCAUCGGCAUCGUCAUUGUCAUCAAGCUGGACGUCAACAAGAGCUACGGGACCGAGGACAACUACAACAUCAGCAGUAGCAGCAUCAUCACCACCACUAGCAGCAUCACCAGUAGCAGUAACAGAAGCAACAAGAGCAACAGCCGCUCAUCUACUUGAGCCUCGAUGUCGGGGUUUACAAUGUCCACUAGGGGGAUCAUUUCAUUGCUGAGUAAGUGUGCUGACUCGCCAUCACUAGUAGUCGGUCAGUCAUUCAGUCAGUCAGGUGAUGAAAUUACAAUAAAAAUUGGAUGCUCACUAGAACGAGGACAAGAUCCGUAGGAUGUAGUUGACGUUGCUCGUCCCUUCGGAGAGAACGCGAGCGAGCGUUGCAGAGGGUGGCGAGGGUGAUAGAAAAGUAACGAAAAGUACGAUACGACGACGAAGAAGAAAAAGAAGAAGAAAAAAAAGAAAAAGGAGGAAAAAAAAAAAAGGCAGAAGGGCGGAUUAGGCACUUUUGGAAUUUUUCGAGGGUUGCGAAUGCGUUAUAUGCAGCACCCUAAUAUCUGUUGGUUGUGUUCACUUGACGACGCACUGGGGGGUGAAACGACAGUGACGACUUUAACGCCAAGCCGGCGUUAAUACCUCGGUGAGAAGGAGAGACGAGUUAAGAGGUAGAGAAGGAACAAAAUAAAAAAAAAUAGAUAACGAGACAGAGACAGGAAGCGGAAGAGGAAGAGAGAUUGAGCGAGUGGUAAACGCUCAUAAGUGACGAAAUGAACGUAACUGAGGUGUCACUAAAUGACAAUGAAUGCAAUUUAACCGGCAGUUCAAACAGCAGUGAACACAAAUACGAAAUUUGGGAAAAGGUCUUGAUGACAUCAGUGGCAUUAUCACUCAGUCUGGUGACUGUUAUUGGCAAUAGUAUGGUCAUGAUAUCAUUUAAAAUAGAUAAGCAGCUACAGACAAUAUCUAAUCACUUUUUAUUCAGUCUCGCUGUCGCGGAUUUUGCUAUUGGCCUGAUAUCAAUGCCACUGUUUACUAUCUACACAUUACUCGGGUACUGGCCGUUGGGUCCGCACGUGUGUGACACCUGGCUAGCCCUCGACUAUCUCGCCAGCAAUGCAUCGGUACUUAAUCUUCUCAUCAUAAGUUUCGAUCGAUAUUUCUCGGUGACAAGACCUCUCACCUAUCGGGCCAAGAGAACUCCGCACAAGGCAGGCGUUAUGAUUGCUUCUGCAUGGGGAAUUUCUGCAUUACUCUGGCCACCCUGGAUCUACGCCUGGCCUUAUAUCGAGGGCAAGAGAACGGUACCAGAGACAAUGUGUUAUAUUCAAUUCAUCGAGACAAAUCAUUACAUCACCUUUGGCACCGCUAUUGCCGCAUUUUACGUACCCGUCAGCGUUAUGAUAUUUCUUUAUUGGCGGAUAUGGCGGGAAACGGAGAAACGAAAAAAGGACUUGACAAAUCUGCAAGAGGGUAAACAGGACGCCAGCAAACGGAGUAAUUCCAGUGACGAGGCGCUAGAUAUGGAGGGAUACAGACGCGGUCGCAGCGAAUCGAGUACGGGAGCUCACGACGUCGGGUCUACUAAUCUUCCAAUGUCUUAUCUGGAGAAACAUUAUCCUGAUUACAAAAACCACAGGCCGUUUUCAUGGGCAUCUUUAAAAAUGUGGUGCGUCGCGUGGUGGCACAGCGGCCGCGACGACGAUGACGACGACGACGAGAUCGGCGGGACAGAUGUUAGCAGCAGGACUGCGCAUCCCGGUUGCGAGGAAACAUUGACGCCAGUGUCCGCCGAAACGCCGUUUACCGAUGGUCAAACUCUUGACGGUAUUUCAGCGAGCACACAGUUGACCAGCGAGCAUCAAGAUUACCGUAGAUCCCAGACGUCUAGUCAACUCAGCAAAGACGUUUCCGGAGAUAAAGUCUACACUAUUGUGAUAAAUGUGGUGCCAAAUGAACCAGGUAGGAUACGUUUGUACGACGACGUGAUGUUUCACGUCCCUCAAACGAGCAGUGGAACUGGAGAGGACACUAUCAGCAGGACGAGUCGCCGCGUCGAUUCCCUGUCAAAUCAAUCCAACACGAUGAUACGUCGGCCAUCCCAGAUGCCGGACGUCAGGUUGCCUCUCAACAAGAAUGCCAACAAACCUGGUGGUGUAAAUGCUGGUAAAGUUAUAGUCACAAAACAGCCGAAUAAAAAGAAAAAAAGUCGUGCGCAGGAUAAAAAAGCCGCGAAAACAUUGUCCGCUAUUUUGGCGGCAUUUGUUAUCACCUGGACACCCUACAAUAUUCUUGUACUGCUCAAGCCCCUUACUAAGGCGUGUGUCGUCGAGAUACCCGAGGAACUUUGGUCUUUUUUUUACUAUCUUUGCUAUAUUAACAGUACUGUUAAUCCGGUAUGUUACGCUCUGUGCAAUGCAACUUUCAGACGAACUUACGUUAGAAUUCUCAAGUGCAAGUGGCAAAGCAGAAACAGGGGCGCCGGGAGAGCCUACUGUCCAUCGUAAAUCCAGCAUUUAUAUUUAUUAUUUACUAUUAUUACUAUUAUAUAUAAUCAGUAUAUCAGAUUUAUUUGUCAACUGGCUCAGCUCGAUCACUUAUCGAGUUUAAUUUUCCCGGAAAUUUUAAAUUGGUAAAUAAAAUACGAUGUGACGAUGAGAACUGAGACAAUUAUCGUCGGACAAUCGUUCGAAUUAAAUUUAAAAAAAAUUAUAAAUAAACAAAUAUAUAAAAGACUUGUCAUAUUUGGCUUAAUAAAUAUAUGAGUGAUUUGAAAUUUUUUACACCCGAUCUUACGGACUUUAUUACCAUAAAUAUUCUAGUGGAGUCGGCGCGAUAUUAAAAAAGUAAACAAUAAUAGUAAUAAUAAUUAUUAUAAAAAAAUAAUAAUUAAUAUAAAUAUUUAUAAUUGAUAAUUGAUAUAAAUGUUAUAUAAAAAAAUCUCAUAUUAAAUACGAAUCAUAUGACCGACAACGCAAAGUGAGAUACUGCCAUGGAAAUUAUGCACGUAAAUUUUUUUUUAAUCCACAAAUUGUUUAUACUUCGUAUCAAGGGAUGUAGUGCAACUACUGGCAGAUUAAAUUUAAAAUGUUUACUUGUUUGAUUUUAGUUUAUUUACUUUUUAUGGGAUUAAUAAUACAGAUGGUAAAUUUAAAAACGAUAAAUCCGCACAAAAAUACUAAAACUAUUUAAGCGAAAGGUAAAUAAAGGAAAGAAAAAUAUAAAAGUAGUUUUUAAAAAAAUAUAAUUUUAAAUUUAAAUAACGUGUGAAUCAGUAAGAGCGAGUGGGUGGGUAACUGAGGGAGUGAAUGGUAAAAAAAAAAUAAUAAUAAUAUAAAAGCAAGAGAAUAAUUAUUUGAGUGUACGGUAAUAGAUUUAUUAACAAGUCGCAACGACGUAAAUUUCAUUGUACAUUAUAAGCCCGUAGCAAGUGAUAUAAAUUAAUAUAAUAAUAAUAAUAUUAAUAAAUGAAUAAAAAAAAUAUAUAAUAAUAAUAAUAAAUAAAUUGUAAAUGAAUGUUCUAAAUGUAAAACUCACGGAGAAGUGCUGUGGAGUAUCAGAGAUUAAUAUAGUAAAAGCAGAAGCAAACGGUGGAGUGGCAGGAAAUAUACCGUCAGUUUAAUAGGAGUCGUUGAUGAGAGGAAAUAAUGUUAAGAAUAAAAAAAAAAUAUAAUAUAAUAUAUAUUUAUUAUAUAUACGAGUUUGAAAAAGAAGGAAAACUACUACACAAAAUCGAUUGCUUCCGUACUGAAUUUUGUUUGUUUGAAAUUAAUAUUUUAUUGUUUAUAAUUAAUGUAAAUUAAAAUACAUUAUUUACAAGAAUAAAAACAAAUUUUUUAGUAAAAUCAUUAAAAAAUAAAUAUAAAUUUUCGAAAAGCUCUUCCGCGAUGUGGCAGAUGUCACUAGUGGCCGCGCCUCUCACAAGUGCUUGUCGUGGUGUCAGUUUAUAAAUAAAUAAACACUUCCAAGUGGGGGAAAUUAUUUAUGUAUCUCUAGGAAAUGUAUGAACGGGGUACAAGAUCAUUGUUGCAAUGAAUUUGUUUAUUAUCAUAAUUAUAAAAAAUUUUGGGUACGUUUUUAAAAAAAAUUUCGUGGUUAAAAAAUUACAGUCGGUCCAUUAACUCGGAGAUUUAGUCUACGGAGCAGCGGAAAUUUUGAAUUUUCGAGUUAACGGAUUCCCCUUCUCCUUGAAAAAGUAAACUGACGCAUGCGCUUUUACAUCACAUGAAUGAUGCAUAAAUUUUCACACAUACAAAUGUAUAACAUCGGGUGGGAAAUCGUAGCUCGUAGUGGGGGUCAAGAUUCAGGGGAAGUUCCGAAAUGGAGCCCGAAUUAAUGGAGCGACUGUACAAAAUAAAAAAAAAAAUAUAAAUUUUUGAAAAGCUCUUCCGCGAUGUGGCAGAUGUCACUAGUGGCCGCGCCUCUCACAAGUGGUGUCAGUUUAUGAAUAAACACUUCCGAGUGUUUGAAAUAAAUGAUGUAUUUUCAGGAAAUGUAUGACCGGAGUAGAGAUGAUUCUUGUGAUAAGUUUGUUUAUUAUCAUAAUUAUAAUUAUAAUAAUUUUGGGUACGUUUUUAAAAAAAUUUCGUGGUUUAAAACUACGGGUUACGGGAUAGUAGUAGAAGUGAGUCUUCUGCCAUGCCGAGGAUUAGUGGAUAAUCCGUACUGAAUAACAUUUUUAUUCUAAUUAUACGUGCCAAACAAAGCUUUAAAGAAAAUAAAUAAAGAAAAAAAAACUAAUAUCGACGUAACGAAUUUGUGACGCGUUAAUAAAAUAAUAAUAAUAAUAAAAUGCUUUAGGAAUUUCCAGUUUGAACGGUUACCGUUAUCGAUUGUAGUUCGACAAGGUUGUGCGAUCAUUUAGUCAUACUUAUAUGGAUCCAAAAAAAAAAAUAUAAAUAUAAUUAACUAAUUAAACAAAUAAAUAAAACAAACAAAUAAACAUAUUUAUACGUUAUACAAAUAUAUAGUAAUAAAUAAUUAAUAAAGUAUAAAAAAAGACAGGGGCGGGUUUAAAAUUUUAAAAACACCGCGGGCGUUGGUGAAGAUGUUGAUUUUUAGUUUUGUAUACGCUAACGCGGUUUUUCAUUAUUAAGAACAACAAGAGCCCUGAUUCGAAGUGUCUUACGGUUGCAUUACGUCUAGUGGACUAGACAUACUUCGAACAAGUACAACUAAACAAGUAAAUAGACGAGAAUAAAAAUAUAAGAGCAAGAAUAAGAAGAAAAAGAAGGGAGAGACCGAGGGUGGGAAAAGAAGAAGCUGAAAAUGAUGGCGAUGGAGACGGAGAAAAAGGUCAACUUGAACUUAUAUAUUACUUUACUACUUCUCUUUUAUCACGUUUAUCCACUUUUAUAAGCACUCGUGAGACUUUUCAACCAGGGUUUUUUUUUAUCCGACUUACUGUAACAGUCGGGGAAAUUAUUUUCAUGGGUACACCCACUAAAUACAGACAUUGUAUACAAACAAACAAACUUACAUUUAAUACAUAUACAAACGCACACAAAAAUAUAUAUGCAUAUACUCAUGUAUGUAGUAUAUAUAUAUACAAAUAUACAUAGUCAUAUUAACGAUGCCCAAGGGGUUUAAACACGUGGGUGCAAUUGUACAGCGUGGGAAUUGCACAUCCGUGUACUGUACCGCGAUUAUACACAAGUACACAUUUACGCACAAAAUUUUAAAUAAUAAUUAAUAAAUAAAUAAAACAAAUAAUGGGUACUCAGGCCAUUCUCAGACAGUGUCCCCACUUUUUAAAAAUUUUCUGUGACCCAACUGUCAGCGUAUCAAAAUUUUAUCAUUAAUUGAAAAAAGGAGAACGUAGAAGUGAUUUUGCUGAGGUAUAGAUUUUUAAAAAAAUUACUUAAAAUUGAUAUCAAUUUGGAGCCAAACGAAAUUUAUUGAAUAAAUUUUAGCCUACAAAAUUUUAAAAUUCGAAUUUAAAAAUUGACAUGAAAGUUUUACUGUCAUUGAAAAUUUUUAAAAAGUCCACGGAAAAAAAUAAUCGGUAGCUGCAAACGAUUAAUUUUUGGUAGCUGCUACUGAUUAUUUUGGUAGCUGCCAUCAGUUACUUCGGUAGCUGUUACCAAUUUUUUUUUCGGUAGCUGCUACCGAUUAUUUCGGUAGCUGCCACCGGUUACUUCAGUAGCUGCCACUGAUUACUUCGGUAGCUGCCACUGAUUACUUCGGUAGCUGUUACUGAUUAUUUUUUUUCAAGUGGGAGGUACUGUCUGAAAAUGGCCUUAAAAAUGUGAAUGUGCCCAAUAGUUUCUACCUGUCUGCGCUUCUCGAGCACGAGAGAUGUGCGAUUGUAUUGUACUUUUUUUAAAAAGUAAUAUUUAAUAUUAAUAUUAAUAAAAAUAAAUAUACAUUAUAAAUAUAUCUAUACAGACAUAUGUAUAUUCUAAACACCGAUGUACUCAGUCUAUGUUUAUAUACGUGUUUUAUAUUAAUAAAAAUAAAAUAAAAUUGUGAGAAGCGAUAAUGGAGGUAAAAAGAUUUAAAUGAAUUUUUGUCACGAGUAAUGCAAAUGCAGAUAAAUUAUAGAGUGAUUACUUCCCAACAUACAGAAAAAAAACUACAAAUAAAUAAUAAAGUAAAAGAGAACUGUAAUUACUUAUUGUAAAAGCAACGACAGGUAUUUAUUGUAUAGACAAAAAAAAUAAAAUACAAAAUAAAUAAUAAUAAAAUAAUUUAUUUGUCGCGAGGUGUAAAAUUGAAGAGCGUAAUUUUAAAAAUGGUGAUAUUGUGUCACUGUUACAAAUAAAACAAAUAUAAAUACAACUGUAGGCCAAGUGGAAAGAGAGAUAAAUAAAAAAAAAUAAAAUCUAAUA